AUGGAUUUAUAUUCCAAAGUAAAAUCAAGAUUUUCAGCAACAGGAAUUGUAUUGAUGUUUCAUCAAAAACUAAAUCUUCCUAUUGGACCACUAUAUGAAUUCGAGAAAUUGAUAAAAUGUCAAUUCAGGUGCACAUUAAGGUAUGAUUUCCAGUGUUGGCAAUCAGAAACUACACAUGGGAGGAAACGGGAUGCUAAAGAGGAUGCAUCCAGAGUGGCAUUGAAAUAUCUGACAAAAACUUACAGAAAACAAGCGCUUCACAUCCAACGUACACUUAUUUUCAAUUACAAGUUGGGGCCAAAGAAAUCGGUGUUUGGUAAAGGUGUUAGACAAAUUUCUCAUUUUACCUUGCCAGGAAACGGAUUACCACCAUGUGAGAUUUGGUUAAACCAACAAUAUCAACAACUCGGCAUACCCAUUAUUCCUGAUUCACUACCACAGUCAACACCACCGCCUAGAAUUCUCUUGGCACGAUUUAUGCUAAAAUAUAAUCUUGGUGUUCCAUUGUUUGUAGACAUUGAUCUGCCAUCAGCAUCAUCAAUAAACAUUAAUACUGGUGAUUGUACUGAUUAUAUUGCUAUAGCAAAAGCGAUAGCUGAUUCUGCUAGCGCUACAUUAACAGCCAAUUCUGCUGGAAACGAAUCAUUCUUUGACACUGAUGCUUUGUAUUAUCUUUCCCUUAUUGUUGGAAAGCGUAAAUUUAAUCCUUCAAAAGGGUCUGUGACUAAAACAGAUGCCAAAGAUCACAUUUCAACCAUUGUAUUCAAGAUUUUGUAUGAUGAGAUUAGAUCAUCCGAGAUUGAUACUAUAGCUAAACAACUUGAAUAUUAUCAAAUGACAAUCGGAAGGACACCUGUGGACAAUGAUAGGCUUUUGAAUGAUUUCAUUGAAGAUAAGGAUCCGGUUGCCGAACCUUGUUCUUCUCAUAAAAAUAUUAAGAAUGAACUUGGCUUUUUUGUGGAAGAAGAACUAUCUGGAAAAGAAGCGGAAAGGAUUGAAUUGGGACUCAUGCAAGAU